AUGAUUUUUUCUGGAACCGAAGCUGAACUUGGAUCAGGCGGAAGAGUAGUUGUACAGCUUUGUAAAACGGUUCCAAACCCCACUAAGACUUAUGUAUAUUUUGAUAAUUGGUUUACUUCUUUAGAUCUGAUUAUUUUACUAAAAAACGAUUAUGGCAUAAACAGUUUAGGUACUGUGCGAAGUAACCGAUUACAAGGUUGUACAUUAGAACAAGAUAAAUCUUUACUCAAGAUGGGUAGGAGGACUUUUGAUUAUAAAGCUGAUAAUAAUGCAGGCAUUGCAGUGGUAAAAUGGGCUGACACAAAGUGCGUUACCCUAGCCAGCUCGUACGUAUCACACACUCCUACUUUUCAAGUAAAGCGAUACAGCAAAGAGGAAAAAAAGAAAGUUGAUGUGGUAUGUCCACAAAUUAAAAAGCAAUACAAUACCCACAUGGGUGGUGUAGACUUAGCUGACAUGCUAAUAGCUCUUUAUAAGACACUCUACGAGACAGUGAAGUCCUUGGACGGAAAUAUGACCAUUUCAAAGAAUUCUGAGUAA